GAGUUCAGCUACCGGACAGAGGAGGACAAGAAGAACCUGCUGCGGCUACAGGACCUGGUGGACAAACUGCAGAUGAAAGUCAAGGCCUACAAGCGGCAGGCGGAGGAGGCGGAGGAACAGGCCAACACCAACCUGGCCAAGUUCCGGAAGGCGCAGCACGAGCUGGACGAGGCCGAGGAACGCGCCGACAUCGCAGAGUCCCAGGUCAACAAGCUCCGGGCCAAGAGCCGCGACAUCGGAGCCAAGAAGCUGCACGAUGAGGAGUGA